CGUCGACUCCAUUCCACUCCCCCCCAGUUCCCCAGUUCCCCAAUUCCCCAAUUCCUCAGACAAUUUUUUCUCUGCACUUUCGCGGUCACUUUGCAUCGAUUGACCAGCAGAGCUCGGUACUCCCCGCCCAGGUGCUGCGAGGGGAAAGAGCGGGGUUGCGUCGGCUUCCGCGCUUUAAAAAUUUCCGCUUUCAAAUUCUAUUCGACCGCGUUGGAGGAAGUAAGGCUCAGGGAACGUCCGACGAGAGAAAAUCUCCGUCGUCGUGUGCGUGCAUUUCUUGUGUUCGUCUCUUGUAUCUGUUGUGUGUGUGAGUGUGUGUGUGUGUGUGUGUGUGUGUGAGAGAGAGAGAGAGAGAGAGAGAGAGAGAGAGAGAGAGAUGGAUUUGAUGGAUUUUGAGCAGGCGGCGUCUCACAUGGCGCCGCCGGAUCGAGGAUUCGCGCCGCCGCAAUCGUUCGUCGAGCGGGCGCACGUGAAGUCGCGGAAGCAAUAUGAAGCUCUACACAGCUAUUCUCUUCGGAAUCCGAAGGGCUUUUGGAGCGAGAUGGCAACGCCAUUUACAUGGAAGAAGCCAUGGACGGAAGAAUUUUCAUCAUACAACUUCGACACAAGGAAGGGACCGGUUGAUGUCAAGUGGUUCAUUGGAGCAGAGACCAAUGUCUGCUAUAAUGCAAUUGACCGCCACAUCAAGGAGGGGAACGGUGAUCGUGUUGCCCUCUACUGGGAAGGAAACAACCCAGGUGUUGAUGCAACCUUCACCUACAAGCAGCUCCAUGCAGAGGUCUGCAAGAUCGCAAACUACCUGAAAAGUGUUGGCGUUGAGAGAGGUGACACUGUGAGCAUAUACUUGCCGAUGUUGCCUGAACUGGUCGCAUCCAUGCUAGCGUGUGCAAGGAUAGGUGUGGUUCACUCUGUAGUCUUUGCCGGGUUCUCGUCAGAGUCGUUGGCUGGAAGACUGAAAGACUCACAGUCGAGAGUGUUGCUAACAGCUACAGCUGUCAUGCGAGGAACAAAGCUUGUCGAGCUGAAGAAAAUUGUGCUCGAAAAAGUGCUAGUCUUCGAUAAUGAGCUUGCAUUGAAGAGGGAAGAGUCAAAUUUUGUUCCAGGAAGAGAUGUCUGGUGGCAGGAGGCUGUAAACAAGCUUAGUCCCGAAUGCGAGGUAGAGUGGGUGGAUGCAGAAGCCCCGCUGUUCAUGCUGUACACCAGUGGGAGCACGGGGAAGCCAAAGGGAGUGCUGCACACGACAGCUGGCUAUAUGGUUGGCGCUGCGACAACAUUCAAGUACAUCUUCGACCAUCAUCCAGAUGAUAUCUUUUGGUGUACUGCCGACUGCGGGUGGAUCACAGGGCACAGCUAUCUGACAUAUGGACCCUUGCUCAAUGGCGCAUCUGUUGUUAUGUUUGAGGGUAUCCCAACGCAUCCAGACCCAGGCCGCUGUUGGGAGGUUGUAGACAAAUACAAUGUGACCGUCUUCUACACUGCUCCAACCGCGAUUCGAGCACUCAUGCGAUGCGGGGAUGAGGUAAGGAUGCUAUGGUACCAUUCUCUUAUUGGCCACGACAACUGCCCAAUUGCCGACACGUGGUGGCAGACGGAAACUGGAAGCAUCAUGAUUUCUCCAUUGCCAGGUGCUUGGCCGUUGAAACCAGGAUGUGCGACGCUGCCGUUCUUUGGUGUUGAUGUUGCAGUCCUUGAUGAGAACGGCAAAGAGCUGGAGGGCGAGUGCAGUGGAUACCUUGUGAUCAAAUCGGCUUGGCCAAGUUGUAUGAGGACAGUAAAGAAUGAUCAUGAGAGAUUUGAGCAAACAUACUUCUCCGCGUUUGAGGGGUAUUACUUCACUGGGGAUGGGUGCAAACGAGACCAGGAUGGCUUCUACUGGCUAACGGGCCGAGUGGAUGAUGUCAUCAACGCUGCCGUUGUCGGUUAUGAGCACGCAAUCAAGGGCCAGGGAAUUUAUGCUUUUGUUACACUGAUGGAAGGAGUCAAACCCUCAGAAAGCUUGAAGGUCAGUCUGAGAAAUGCCGUCAGGAAUACAAUUGGUGCAUUUGCUUCACCUGAUGUCAUCCACUGGGCACCUGGUCUACCGAAGACGAGAUCCGGGAAGAUCAUGCGCCGUAUUUUGAGGAAGAUUGCAAGUGGCGAGCUGAGUGGACUCGGUGACAUCAGCACGCUUGCUGAUCCAACGGUUGUGGAUACUUUGAUCAAAUCGCGUGACCUGGAGUGAAGGAUUUCGAGAGUGCAAAGUCGGUGCAAAUCCAACCAAUCAUCGUGCGCUUUUGAAGUUUGAAGUUUGGACCAUAGCUUAGUUAAGCAUUCGUUGUAUUGUCAGCAGCUGCUGAUCUCAGGAGUUAGCAAGUAAUCCUCCUGAGGAAAGCCGCUUGGUUUGCGGAUAACCAAAUGGCAAAUACGCUGAUAUACGGGUAAAUGUAUAAGGUUGAGGGUUUAAGAAACCCCUCUCCCGCUCACAUGUAAAUGGAUAUAAGUGGAUAGGUACUGAUCAGCCCAUGAUUUUCUAAGGUUGAGGGUUUAAAAAACCCCUCUCCCGCUCGCAUGUAAAUGGAUAUAAGUGGAUAAAUAAGUAAGUGGCUAGGUAGAUCAGCCCAUCGAGUGUUUUGUGCUCGGAUUCGUCCUCGUCGAGCGCUGGACGUUUUCUGUGGUGGGACUCAUCUGGCUUCCAGCUAGGGGUCCAAAUCCUUCGCUGUGUGCAGGUUAGUUCUAACGUCUAAUUCUCUGUCGCAUGUUGGAUCGUCAGUUUUGCUCAGGAAUAUGCUCCAACGACGCGGACACACACCGUUGCUUAUCUGCAAAAAAAGGUUAUCUCCUCAGGAAUGCUAUUUGGGAUAAUAAGCUGAGUACGGGAUAAGUGGACUAGUUUCACCCAUGAGGGGGUAAGUUAUGGAUAAGUUUUGGAUAAGUUUUGGAUAAGUUUUGGAUAGUUCUGGACAAGUUUUGCAUCAGUUUCAGUUAUGAGGGCGUAAGUUUUGAUUCUACUUCUGGAUAAGCAUUGGAUAAGUUUAGUUUUGAUAAGUUUUUGAUAAGUUUUUGAUAAAGUUUUGAUAAGUUU